AUGGCUGAACCUGUUACUUGUGGGAAUGGCAAACGACAGCCAGUUGUUGCGACCUACCCACCGCUGGGAGUAGUGACAAAGCUAACAGCAACGAAAAUCAAUUUUUCUUGCGUCCUGAAAGAUGUGUUGGGGAGUCAAGAUGCCACCUGGGAAGUCAAACUUUUCUAUACCUCCAUUGACUCUCAUGAGUGGGACGAACACAACUUGACUCCUUCAGAAGCAAGGUUAUUCCAACCAUACAACAGCAAUAAUGCCAGAGAAUUGUCUAGAGUAUUCGAGGCCGACAUCGAAAUUUCAGAUGUUGUUCGAUUCCGUCUCAGCUUCAGACGAAACCUUGGUGAACCCUGGAUAAAGGUUGGGGCACAUCCAGAAUCCGAAGGCAUUUUGAUCCCGACGCCGAAGGCCAACACCAAGACCUCGUUGGACAUCCAUCAUUAUAUGCAAGAACUGAACCCAGAGCUUCGGUCAAAGCUUCUAGAUGAUGGUUCGGAUACCGGAGUUGUUUCAUGGAUGGUUGAAGCUCCAGUGGAAGCCGCUUCGGGAGAAAGUCCAUAUAUGACACAAGUCAUGUUUGGCAAACCUUUCGAUGGUAAAUUCCUCAGGUGGUCGGCAAUCUCAAGGAAUACUACUUCUUGGAUGGCUCCUCGACAAGGUCGAAACUAUUUCAAGCUCGACGUAGCAGCGAUCACUUGCUCUUUCAUGAAUCAUCGUGGCGAACAUCUUGUCGUUCUGGGGCUCAGCGGCCUUGAAGAUGUAAUGGCCAUCUUUGGUGAUAACAAUGAAGGAGCUCUAAUGAUUAAAAUUCGCAAUGAGCGUCAUGCACCUGGUUAUGGAAGAGUCAUUGUCGCUGCUGGACCCGAAUUUGAGGCAACUCUGCACAGUGUUCUGGGACAGGCAAGAACAAUUUUCAGAUCCACAGAUCGACCACUAGGAGAUGACCCUCGCUCUCAGAAAGAUUUUGGUCAAGAUUGGGCCGAUAAUUGGAUUAACGGACUCAUUUACAGUCCUUCCAAUCACCUCCGUCAUAAACAUACAGAGCAAGAGAUUACAGAAUCGUUGAACGCUCUAUCAGCCAAAGGUAUCACAGUCAGCUGUCUAGUUCUUGAUGAUGCAUGGCAAAACGUUGACCCAGAACGACCCUCGCGAUUCCAUGCUGGUCUUGUCGACUUUGAAGCCAGUAACGAUACCUUCAAGUCUGGCCUCAGGCAUGCUAUUGCUGAAAUCAAAGGUAGACACAAGUCUGUUAGAAGCGUUGUUGUGGAACAUCCCAUUUUUGGUUCGUGGGGCGGUAUUUCUAGCAGUCACGACUCGGAAGGAUCUGUCCAAAAGACCUAUGAGACCAUCGACGUGCAACGAUCAGAAGCUAUCCAGUCAGAUCAGAAGACCCUACUUACACUGUCGCUGGUGGCGCCAGAGAAUGCCCAGAGAUUCUUUGAUGACUAUUACGAAUUCUUGUCGUCUUGCGAUAUAAGCGCCGUUCGUGUUGAUGGUGUCUAUAUGUUGGAGACACUUGCAUCCGCAAAAGACCGCUGCUCACUAGCGGAAGUAUACCUCGAUGCACAAUCCUCGGCGGCUUUGGCAGUUUUCCCUGGUGGUACAAUGAGCACCAUGUCUCUAUCUCCAAGCGCUUUACUCAAUAACCUCAAAACAUCACACAGGCCGAUUGUGAAGAACAUUGGUAUCUUUCCUGAUCACAGGAAGUACGUUUUCAACAAUGCUCAUAAUGCCUUGUUGUCCAAAUGUAUCGGCAAUAUUCCCGACUGGGGCACGAUAGGAAGCACCAAAGACCACGGCGCCUUUCAUGCGGCCGCUAGAGCUAUCUCUGGAGGGCCAAUACAGAUAAGCUCAUUUGAUGGCACCGAUGACAGCGAUCUUGGAAUCUUCCGACAGCUCACUGCGAUUACAGCUCGAGGAAAGACUGUAGCUCUUCGACCAAAUGGGAUUGGUCGAGCUACGAAUCCCUACAUUGGCUUCGGAGACAAUGCUCUGCUGAAGAUUUCAAACACGCACAAUGUUGGCAAAAUGCCCGUAUCUAUCCUAGGCAUCUUCAACGUAUCAGACGGGCCAGUAUCAGAACUUCUACAGCUUCAGGACUUUGCCAACAUAGACCCCAACAUGUCUUACGUUGUGAGAUCAGCAUGCGGAAGGACAAGCGAGCCUGUAAAAGUAGACAGCUUGCUCUUACUUUCCAUAGAUGUGGACGUCUCAGAAUAUGCCUUCCUAAGUGCUUAUCCCCUGACGGCUUUGGCUCGCAACGAUAACAAUGAAAUCAUCUACAUGACAGUUCUGGGACUGCAGAAAAAGAUGAUCAAUGUUGCAGCAAUCAUGAGCAGUACCUUCGGCGUUGAGGACAACGCUCUCUCGGCCAAGACUGUUGUGAAGGGGUUUGGGUUCCUUGACUUUUACAUUUCGGAUCUACCGCAGCGUAGCAUUAAUGAAAAUACAUGUAAGAUUCAGGUCCAAGGAAAAUCUUUUGUUCCUAGUACAGAUAUUGUAUGCAUCAACGAUCGGGUGAUGACUUUGGAUUUGGAGAGUAUCUGGGCAGCGCAAAAGUUGGAGGGCAGCACAGAUGAGAUAUACGUUGACGUCAGUUUGUAUUCUUGGUAG